CCUGGUGUAUAUCCUGUUUACUUGCAAGAACUUCACAGUUUUACAACUUGAUAUGUUGAUGCUAGCAAGAUGUGUAAAAUAUUCUAUAUUUUGGUUGUACUAUAUUGUCAUUUCCGCACUUUUACGCUACGUUAAAAUCAUCGUCAGAAAAAGAAUCUAUUCAUGAACUUAUUUUUGAUGAAAUAGGUGCUAUUAAACGGAAAGUAUGGGUAGAUAUGUCGGCUCAAAUUCGAGAUCUGGCUGAAAAAAUUGAUGGAUUGAUAUCAGAGGGGAAGACAUGUGAGUGCAAAUCGUUUGGGAACAACAAUGUCUCGGAUCAAGACAACCUUGUGACACAUCAAGAGUAUGUUAGGCUAUUGAAAGGGUUCAAUGAAGAAAAGUGUAUUACUAAGGCUAUGGAACAUAGACUUCAAGACGCUUUUUUGAAAAUUUCAAAACUAGAAAAUGAACUCGGUAUUUAUAAGCAGGAAAAUUACAAUCUAAAGUUAGAGUUUGAUACGUCUUCAAAGGAUCUCAGAAAAACAGCAGACGGUUUGGAUAAUGCUCAUUCCUCUAUCAUUGGCUUACAGUCUGCAGACGACGAUCUUAGAAAGGAUAUAGACUCGGUUAAUAGUACAUGUUUUGAUUACCAUAACUUUAACACCGGUUUCCUUGGACCUUCAUUUGUAAGUGAAUGGAUGUUUAUGCGGGCUCACGACCAGGAAAAUGUUCAACGCGUUGUGCAACAUGGAUUAAGGGUAUUGCCGUUCAAAGUAGAAGUUCAAAUUCGACCAACAACAGGACCUAAUGCAGGUUGGAUAUUUCACGGAGAUCCAGCCUUCCAAAGUGAUGAUGACAACGGGGAAGUAUACGGGGGCAUUGUUUAUUUGUAUAACGAAACACAUGUCAUUCUUGUUGCACCAACUAAAAGUAACAAUCAAGAUGCAGGUGUUGUUGUAAACACCGGCAGCGCCGAUUUCCGACGUAUUGGAAAUAAUCACCAAACUGCCACUGAAGCCUACGUGCGCGUUAAAGUUUGGGCUCCCUCUGAUUUUCCAAAGCCAGAUUUUAAAACAGAUUGGUUACCGCUAGAUGUAACAAACAGUUCUUUAUCAUACUAUGAACUGAAACACGGGUUAUCUGGAUACCCUCGGUUUAUCAAUGUACAAAUUCGUUUUCAUGCUGCAGAUUAUAGCGUGGUUUCUGAAGGUCUUGGCGCCACCAUGAUGCACCGGAAGUAUUCAAACGCAGGGGGUGUUGUUUAUGCCUUUAGUGACAAGAAUGUUCGUCUUUGGGCGGGAUAUUUGGAGUCAACAUCAGAUAAUGGACAUUACAGGCUAAUAGGGUAUAGCGAUGGCUGGGGUUCUGAUCCGAUAAAAGGUGUUAACAUACUCAAAGGCGAAUUCAGAAUCCUUUCAUGGGAUCGUAGCGUACCAAUGCACUAUGAUUUUGACACUGAGGUAAAAACCGAACGGAAUACAUAUUUCUCGGAAUGGCCUGCCUAUGAACACAUUUCUUUUGAUAGUGACUUACUGUCAUUCUAUGUCGAGGCAGUUGAUGGAGUUAACAAGGGAUACCGUUUUAGAGGCUACGGUAAUUCCCAGUCCAUUGAUUCACCUUUCGGCGGAGCUGUGUAUGCGUUUAAUUCUGGAGGUGAUUUCAGAAUCUGGCGUCCAAAUGCCACCACUGAUGGGUACCUAAUACAUGUUCAUUCACCAUAUGGAAACGGGAAACAUGUUCAAGCUUCAACAAACGGACAGUACGUGAGCACAUUGAUCAAGAAGUCGGGACCAGUGUCUAGACCUUAAAAAGAAUGUAUUUAAUAAUGUUAAACAUGUUCUAUACAGCGAACGUUCAUUAUCUUUUCAAUGAAUUAAGCCAGAAGAACGAUUUGCAUUGAUCAAUUUUGGCUUGUGUUCAAGAUAGUUAAUGAUGCGACAAAAUACUGUAAGAUAGUUAAUGAUGUGACAAAAUACUGUCUGCCUCUUUUCACAGUUCAUAUGAGAAAAGUGCUUUUGUAAUACCCAAGAAAAGUAUAUAGAGAACUGAUUAUUUUCCUACGCAUUAACUCUUCAUCGUGCUUAAUUUAAACACGCCUUUGGUUUAUAUGUUACUUUUUUUUGUUUCAUUAUCUGUUAUCAUGUCAAAGUACAUAGUGAUGUUGUCAACACAGCGUGUUAUUAAAAGCUAGAAAGAUCCAAUGAUACUUUCAGAUUAUAACGUAACAUUUUGACAAAACAGUAUUUUAUUUUGUCAAAAUGUUACGUUAUAAUCUGAAAGUAUCAUUGGAUUUUUCUAGCUUUUAAUAACACGCUGUGUUGGCAACAUCACUAGGAACUUUGACAUAAUAGCAUAGCUUUUUUGACAUUAUAAGACACUAUUUGGACAAAUUAUCAGCACACUUUGACAUGAUUACAUAGUUUUUAAACGUGAUAAAACACUGUUUUCAAAAGAUAACACCUAACCCUGAGAAGAUAAUAUGACUAUUUAACAUAAGAAGACACUGUUUUGACAAAUUAACACCACACUUUGACAUGAUAACAUACAUAAUGUGUAGUUUCUUUACAUAAUUAAACAUUGUAUAGGUAAGUUUACACCAUAUUCCGACAAAAAUGUAUGAAAUGACCGGGCAUAAGACAGCUGCGGCGUUCCAUAUAAACUUGUGUUUUUAUGCCUUCGUUUAAACGCACUGAUUCCGUGUCCACCGAAUGGUCGGGCACCGUUGCAGAAAAUUUGUUUAUUUUUUACAAACAUGACAUACUUUGAAAAAUUUGUACUCUUGAUAAUCUUUAUAUUUAAUUUAAAUAGAGAUCUAAAAAUCAUAUAUUUCUACAGAAUAAAAGAUAAAUAUUUCAGUAAAUGCUUCCCGUUUUAUAUUUAACGCCAACUUUCCAAAACUAAAGGUCGUUUUGGAUGGCGUCAUAAACGUCACCGGCAAUUUGGUAUUCAUAAUACAGCCGCGAAAGGGUUAAGGACACUCAGAAAGAUCUGUUUGCAUGGAGGAAGUUGUUCUUUCUUGCUCUUGCUGUCAAAUAUGUCAUACCUGUUCGACAUAGUCCAAUUUAUUGACUAUUGAUAAUUGGUUCUCUCCCCCUCCCCUACCCACACCCAUCUCCAAACACACACACACUUUAACUUAGUUUCCCACCCCACCCCCUUAGUGUUUGUGCAACAAAAAGGGAGAAAAAAACUAAGCAGUUGAUUUUUUUUCUUCCCUGGUUGUUUUUUUUCUAGUCCCAAUCUGUGACUCCGGUGAUAAUGACGUCAUGAGUUGGACUAGUUUCCCUGUUUCUUUUAUCACUCCAAGCUUCUGUGCACAAACAGAGGAAAAUAGUAAAGCAGUUGAGUUUAUUCUACCCCCUGGUUAGUUUUCCGUUUAGUUUAUUGUACACAAUAAAUGAGAAAAAAAUAAGUGACA